UCACCUUUCAUCUCUCUUCCAUACUCUCUCAGCAUAACCAACCCCGCAACAGUGAUAGAACUCUGCUGCAGCAUGGAGGUCCAAUCUACAAAUGACAAGGCAGCGUGUCCAUUCUGCGGAUUCCAGUUUAAUCACCGAUCAUCGCUCAUCCGCCAUUUGAAGAACAAUUGCAAUAAAAAACAACCACAGCGGCGCAAGUCGUGUAACCAAUGCGUUGCAGACAAAGCAAAGUGCAAUCUGAAACGACCUAGUUGUUCGAGAUGUUCGAUGCGCCACAUUGCUUGCAUGUAUGCUGGUCCGGAGCCCGAGUCGCCCGGAAUCGCGAGUGCCGCCCCCAGCGUACCACCCACUCCGAAUCCAUCAGGUCUGGAUCCCUCGCCAACUUUUCAGCCACAGGCGCUGGCGUCAAGUUUUGACCCGUCGUUAUUCGAGCCGUUUUUCUCGGACCUGGGUUGCUGGACUUCGUUGCAGUCUUCCGAACUUGCUCUGCGGUCUCCGGAGCAGAUGGAAAGUUUAGAGCUGCUCUCCUUUCCUGAGAAUAUCGGCUGCGCUUCUCCUGCAGUGACGCCACCAGUCUUGUCUCAACAACAUCAGCCUAACUCGAACCCAAAUGAAGUUGCCUUGGCAAAUCACAGCAUGGAGCUUAUCUUCCGAGUCCUCCGCACUUGGCCACAGAUGUUGGCUGACGAAUUCCAAAUGCCUCCUAUAUUUCAUUCUACGCAUUUUGAUCCACAGGCGAAACUGCCACGGCCCCUAGCGACUUGUAUUACUUUGGCCAAGAUGUGGCAUGGGCAACGGGAAGGCGCUGAGGGAAUCGUGCGCGAAACAAUACUCAAGGAGCUGGAUCUGAUUGUACACCAGAAGUCCGAAGAUCUGGAUGAAAUGACACUUCUGGCCGUGAUGCAGGCGGCAGUGAUCUAUACGAUUAUCCUGCUUUCCCCUUCAACAGCCUCGCAAACCGCCCCCGACAAUGAGGAGAUGGUUUUUCGAAAAGUCGAAGCUCUUGUCACGCAUGUCGUCCGGGGCGGUCUUUUUCUCACCGAGGAACGAGCACAGACAAGGCCUUGCUGGGACGCUUGGGUGCAUGUUACCUCCAAGCGACGUGCAGUCCUCGCCUUGUAUCUCCUCCACUGGGCAUAUUCGGUUUUGCACAAGGUGCCGUGUUUUGACUGUAGAGACUUAGGAUUCAUGCCUGCGCCUGCGCCAAAGGUUCUUUGGGAAGCACGUAGCGAACAAGAAUGGAAUACCAGGUACAUUCAUUGGCUGGCAAGGUGGAGUGGUCAGAUUUACCUCCAAGCGGAGUUUGGGCAUAUUCCACCUGGGCCUACCUUGAAUACCAGAGCAGAGAAGUGGCUGGGGGAGGCGGAUGAGUUUGGAUUUCUCAUGGUUUCAAUCCUCAAUGCUACGGACUAUGAGCCACCGGGGCUUAAGAUGCUUCAACCUCAUAAUCAGUCAUAGAACUUUGAACUGGGACUCAGAUCGAUUCUUACGCUACACGCAAUACCAAGAGUAUAUGAGUCUUGUAACUUUUAAAGAUCGGUUAUAGGUUG